CGGCUGUCUCCUCGAUCCUGGCUUCCAUCAUGGAGGCGAUGUCUCCGUCGGGUCCUCCAGCUCCUUUUCACGUGAUGCCGGUGUCGGGUCCUCCAAGCCAGGCCGCAGGUCCUCCAAGCCGGGUAGUAAGUGCGCAACCGGAAGUUCCGGUCACGCGCCCCUCCAUUUCCGGUUCCGGUUUCGUCGGCCACAGCAGCGUCGGGAGUCCAAGGGAGCGGCCGCAUCCUCAUCAGCUCCCGGAAGGUGAGCAUCAGCAGAGGAUGUCGGUCGGGGGAGGGUUAAUAGGCCGCAAGGGAGUGCAAGUGCGGCGGCAGCGGGCAUCUUCAUGGGUCAUUAGCAGGUUGGCGGCAGUAGGUAGAGGGCACCAUGAUGCCGGAAGAUGCCUUAUAAUUACCGCAGGGUUCACCAGAGGCUUUAACACAAGGAGAGGUGUUACCGCUAGGGGUAAUAGAUUAACUCAUUUGGGUAGAGGAAUUCUAUCAAGCGCUAACGCGCUAGGACAAGAGAUAGGCAGUCAGUUAGGUGGGCAAAUAAGUGCUAUGGAAUCACGCCAGAUGCACGCCCAGGCUCCAGGACAAUACAAUGUCGCGCUUGAACACGCCAAAGGGCAGAUGCACACAGAUAACAGGACAGCUCAUACUCAAUUUAGCGCAGCAUCACAUACAACCAGUAGCUGCACGAAUCCUCAAAGUAUGAAUGUACAAUCUGUGUCAAAUGCAGGUAUUGCAGGUAUGAAUGCGCAAUCUGUUUCACACACUAGGAUUUCAGGCAUGAAUGUGCAAUCUGUUUCUAAGGCAGGUAGGUCAGCUAUGAAUGUGCAAUCUGUUCCAAAUAGAGGUCUGUUGGCUAUGAAUGUGGCAACAUCCCAAUUGCAAGUUGGUGGUGUCAAUGCAGUGCAUGGAACAUUGGGUCAUGAUGUGGUUGGGAACCAUAACAUACAGAGUUCAGCUGGGGGAGGUGGUGUGUCAAGGAGGGUUUCUAGUGUUGCGAAUGCCAGCAUGAGUGACCAGAAUGCAUCAGGCUUGGGGUCUACUAACCCUCUCUUUACCGGUGUCCGUAGUGCUCGCGAUCUCUUCUCUUUGUUGCAGACCGCAGCGCAGAUGGAACCGCAACAGGUUGAUAUGCCUUCGGCUUCGUCUACUUCUACUUCAGCGAAUCCUCCUGAACAGGCGGGUUCAUCGUUACAGCGAGGAGCGUCUACCGACUCCAAUCAACGGGAAGAUGCUUCAAGGCCUGAUCCUUCUGCUUCAGGUCCGGAGUCUCAGGACAAUGCAGUUGCCGUCCCCGGACCUGUCAGCGGCGCCAAGAGGAUCUGGAUCGUGGGGCACUCCUAUGUGCAUUGGGCCUCCAUCCGUAGUUCCGCCCUUCCGGGGGGACAGAAUUUGGGCUUUCCUUUCACCCUAGAUUCAAUUAGAUGGUUAGGGAAGAGAGGGAUGUGUUGGCCCGCGCUUCCAUCGCGUAUUCCGGAGGCCCUAGUACGCUGGGGUAAACCUCAUGUUAUAAUUCUCCAUAUAGGGGGCAAUGAUUUGGGCGCCAUUCCGAUCUUGGAGCUAAUCAAGAUCAUGCAGGCGGAUAUCGCUUGGAUCAGGGCUCGGAUUCCGAAUGUGUUGGUCGGUUGGUCCAACAUAGUUCCCAGGCUGGAAUGGCAUCACAUGUCUAGCCACAGCGCUGCUUACUAGGUCAGGAAGAAGAUAAAUUCCUCAGUUGCUAGAACCGUCAUGGGUAAUGGGGGAUUCGUAGUUAAACACGAAUCCCUUACAGCCGACAAGGUCCAUUGUUAUAGAAUGGAUAGGGUUCAUUUAGAGACAGUUGCCCUAGAUAUUUUUAUAAAGGACAUUCGUAAGGCCAUAUUAACCCUCCUUUAAGUCCGGUUGGGUUGUGUUUGUCUUUUAUUGGUUGGCGGCACAGUUAUCAUCUCAAUGCUAUCUGGUGGCGGGAGGUAACGGCCCUGUUGCCUUGGAAAGGGUGAACGGGGGGAGUGAUGACCAGUCUAAAAGUGAGAGGGGUGGAUAGCCUCAAGUGCAUGUGAGGUGCCCCUCCUUCCCCUUGCGGGUGGGUCACGUGAUCUCAUUAACCCCUUAGUAGCAAUUUUACUAUGAGCAGAGGUCCCGCUCUGCUGCAGUUUCCGUUUGGGCCGUUUACCUUCUGCAGUGCUGGGUUGUCAUUAUAGCAUUCGUUCAGCCGCCAUCAUAACCUUGUUGGUUUCCAUGGUUACUUAUUUAAUUAAUAAAUGUUUAACCUGUGACGGUUAAAAAUUUUACCCACAAAAAGUUGUUGUGUUUUUAUUAUAGAGUUAAGUUGUUAUAUGUACCCUUCUACGGCUAGCGACCGAUAAGCAUUUAAUCCCUUAAGGCAGUGUAGGGCACAAUUGGGCCUGGAGCAAAGCUAAGGGUUAAAGCUGAAGGGAGAGAUAGGAGAAGAGGGCUGGCUAGGGAGGUUAGUUGCAACAAUGUUGCAUGCAAGGGAGGGGCCCACUACUCACCUUAAAAGUGGGGAUCAUCAGCUUCCUGGCCCUCUUCUUCCUGGAAUCCGGUGCAGACGAGUUCUUUUCCCCUCCCUCCCUUCCCUAUUACAAGAUGGCUUCCAAAUUUAUUUUAUUGUGCUAGGCGCUAAGAAUGCCUUCUCAGGCUAACUUAGUAGCCACAUAGUCAAUUGAGCAUUUCCAAAUUUAAAUUUUUCCCCUAGUUGGCGACGGGUAUGCCUAUUCAGGCUAACUUUGUCAGCCUCUUUAGUUAUUGGGCGUCUACCAUAUCCAGUCUACCUGGCUUUUGGCGGCUGAGUAGCGGAUCCCCUUUUCUAGGGGGUAGUCCCUAUUUUAUACCCUCUCGGCGGGAGGUAACGGCCCUGUUGCCUUGGAAAGGGUGAACGGGGGGAGUGAUGACCAGUCUAAAAGUGAGAGGGGUGGAUAGCCUCAAGUGCAUGUGAGGUGCCCCUCCUUCCCCUUGCGGGUGGGUCACGUGAUCUCAUUAACCCCUUAGUAGCAAUUUUACUAUGAGCAGAGGUCCCGCUCUGCUGCAGUUUCCGUUUGGGCCGUUUACCUUCUGCAGUGCUGGGUUGUCAUUAUAGCAUUCGUUCAGCCGCCAUCAUAACCUUGUUGGUUUCCAUGGUUACUUAUUUAAUUAAUAAAUGUUUAACCUGUGACGGUUAAAAAUUUUACCCACAAAAA